UUAUACUUUUCGUCACAAAGUUGGUCUCUAACUUUGCCCACACCCCAAAAAUAGUUGUUUUUUCAUUGGCCAUGAAUGCAACAUCUCUCUUAAAGUAUAUAAGACUAUGGUUGCUUCAAGAUCUAACUCUUUUCAAUCUUCAUCCUUCCAAUCUUCUUCCUUCACAUCCUUGAGCUUUUGCUCCUUCUCUGCUAAGUCUUUAUACAACUUUUUUGAAUUAAGCAAAAUUUACAUUUGUAUAAUAAAAAAUCAUUUUUUUUCAUUAAAUCUCUCUCUUUCAUAUUCCCAAACUUGACAGUUCCACUGGUAUAAGUCAUUAUUUUCACAAUAUUUUAAAAAGAAAAUGACAAAAAAAGGAUAGAGACAUAUCUUGGUUGUUGAGAUUGAAUAUUCAUGGUUGGUUGAUAAAUCCACGACCAUGUGACAUAGAUAAUAACGUAAUCUAAUCCUAUUAAAUUUCAAUUUAAAAUAAGAUUAUAUUAAUUUUUUUCUAUAUAUAUUAUGUUGUAAGAAAUAAGACUUGUUGAUUUUCUUGAUAUUCAACUCUAAACACCAACAUUUUCAUAUUCAUACUUGUGUUUCUGUUGGAGAAUCAGUGUCAGAGAAAAUGGUAACUCGGACGGUGGAUCUUCGUUCGGAUACAGUCACGAAACCGACCGAAACAAUGCGAGUUGCUAUGGCGAAUGCUGAGGUCGACGACGAUGUUCUUGGUCACGACCCUUCGUGUUUUCGAUUAGAAAAGGAGAUGGCAAAGAUAACUGGCAAGGAAGCUGCUCUUUUUGUUCCAUCAGGAACUAUGGGGAAUCUCAUAUCUGUGCUUGUUCAUUGUGAUAUCAGAGGCAGUGAAGUGAUUCUUGGAGAUAAUUCGCAUAUUCAUAUUUACGAGAAUGGAGGUAUCGCAACCAUUGGAGGUGUACAUCCAAGAACAGUUAGAAACAAUGAAGAUGGAACCAUGGACAUUGAUUUGAUUGAAGCUGCAAUUAGAGAUCCAAAGGGGGAGCUUGUUUAUCCAACCACAAGGCUCAUUUGCUUGGAAAAUUCUCAUGGAAACACUGGUGGUCGAUGCCUUUCGGUUGAAUAUACGGAUAGAGUUGGAGAGGUUGCUAAGAAGCAUGGAUUGAAGCUUCACAUCGACGGAGCUCGUAUAUUUAACGCAUCAGUUGCACUUGAUGUUCCUGUGGAUAAGCUUAUUCGAGCGGCCGAUUCAGUAUCGGUUUGCUUAUCGAAAGGUCUAGGCGCUCCGGUUGGAUCUGUAAUUGUUGGUUCGAAUAGCUUUAUCACCAAGGCUAGAAGACUUAGAAAGACCUUAGGUGGUGGAAUGAGACAAGUUGGCAUCCUUUGUGCAGCUGCACUUGUUGCUUUACAGGAAAAUGUUGAAAAGCUAGAAAGUGAUCACAAGAAUGCUAGAUUUUUGGCUGAUGGAUUGAAUGAAAUUAAAGGAUUGAGAGUGAAUACAUCUUCUUUGGAAACCAAUAUUGUAUAUAUUGAAAUUGAAGAAAGUUUACAAACUACAGCUGCAAAACUAUCCAAGGACUUAGAAGAAUAUGGUAUCCUUCUCAUGCCAAUAAGCUCAUCAAGAUUGAGAGUUGUGUUCCACCACCAAAUAUCAGAUACCGAUGUGAAGUACGCAUUGUCGCGCUUUCAGCAUGUUGUUGGUGGAGGACCAAAUGAAAAUGGCAACUAGUAGAAGAAUUUCAAGUUUGUAAGCUUUUGUUGAAAAGUAACAUUCUCAUGAUGUUGCAUAUGUAUGAAUAAAUAUGAACCUUUUGUUUUGUUUGUAACCCAAAUAAUAUAUGAAGCAUAGUAAGAAUGUGUAAUUCAUAA